AAAAAAAAAGGUGGCAACGAAGUUUGCACGCGAGGUGCUCGCAUAGCAUAGCACGCGCAGCAGCAGACGCUUCCUCUGCGCGGUGAGCCGUCAGUCGUUACCACAUCUGAGAUCUGCUGUUAAUGAAAAUUGCCGUCAGCUGUUAAUAAUGGCAUCGUACUUCGAUGAACACGACUGCGAGCCAUUGGGCCCAGGCGAGCAACCAGACCACCUGCUUCAUCUGGCAAGAUUGCUAAUUGAUGGUGGAUUCGGAGCCAGAUUUGAUAUGGAGUACCAUAGGAUAUUUCCCGACCAGCCGCACAAGCCGCCAGCGUCCAAGCAAGCAAUUAAGUCGCUCAAACGGACGCCUAUUGACGAAACAGGAAAAAAAUGCCCCGUUUGCUUGAAGGAGUUUGGCCAUGAAGAAGUUGUGACGGAGCUGCCCUGCUGCCACUACUUCCACGAUGAUUGCAUACUCCCAUGGCUGAAAUUGGUGAACACUUGUCCAGUGUGUCGGCACGAGCUGCCCACAGAUGACCCGAACUACGAGGAACUUAAAGCCCAAAAGGAACGAAUGAAGCAGCGCCAACAGGCCAUUGAAGAACUCCACAACUCCAUGUUUGGAUGACUAAAUCAGCUUUUACUGGAACAGUGAAAAGAAAUGCGUCCUAUGUACA